AUGACCGAGUCCAAGUGGUCCCGUGAUCUUCAGGAGAUUUUCGGGGACUCAAGCAGCGACGAGUCCGUAGAGGAUGCGGUUGACGUGGGCGCCCAGUCGCGCUUCGCGGUCGAGACGGCUGCCCGGGAACCGGGGCGAGGUUUCGGAGCUCCGAACAGGACACCGCUUGAACCAAAAGCUCACUUGAUUAAAGACGCCGACUACGAGGCCGCUGAAAGCAGGGCUGAACAUUGCGUGGCCGGGAGCCCCGGCGGAGCUGCUCCCGUUCAAGGCGGGGCAGGUGCAGGUGGACUCCGGCGCCACACCCCCGACUAUUACCUGCUGCGGCUGCCUUUUAAGUUUAUUGGAAUCGAAGCGCUGGAGAAUAGGGAAAGCCAGAGCCAUGCUCGUACAGACUCUCGUACUGAUGCACCCGCUGGCCCGUGGCGAAACCGGUCCAAGAAACCCGCCUUGAUCCGCUGGCGACGGAAUCCCACUACCGGUGAGUGGGAAUCGAACGCUCGCAUCAUCGAAUGGAGCGACGGGUCCCGUACGCUGCACAUAGGCGACCGGGUAGCUCUCGAGCUGAUUGUAGAACAGGGGAUACCAGGCCGCGAGCAUGUUAUCUGCGGCGAUCCGCAGCGUAUGGUCAACUACAAUGGCGAAAUCAAAGGCCAUUUCAAAACCAACGUUGACCCGGCGGUGGUACAACAACUACUAGCAGGCGCUCGGGUGCCGUCGACCGCAAAGUUAGGAGCGGGUCUCGAAAAGGAGCUUCGAGCGGGCGACCUUGCCUCGAGAUCUUUCGCAGAGACGGGGCGUAGCCGCCGCGUGCAGGUGGCAGCGCUCGACCGGGCCCCAGAAAGCGAAGAGAAGACGCUGCUUGAUUUCGAGAAUCAGCGUCGAAAAGCCGAGCAACGAAUCGAAGCGCGACGUCGUCGGCGAGGACAGAGACUCGCUCAGAAUGAGUUGCUCGCACCGCAACAGUUAGGCGUGGACCCGCUCGCUGGCGAACAGCGUCGCGACGCAGGGCAUACGGGCUCGACAGGGACUCUCGCCCGGGACGAUGACUCCGGAGAAGAGGCUUCCGAUGCCGACUCUGCCAUGGAGUUGUUGGAUGAUCGUCGAUUCGGGGUUCGCCAACGCACGAUUCGUGACGAAGACGCUGAGCUGGAGCGGCUGGAGGCUAUGUUGGACGAUGACCACGAGGAUGACCACAGUAUGAACUCCGCGGAGAGCGCAUCCGAUGAGGCACUGGUCGAGCACGAGACGCCAGAGUCGACCUCCGAGCACCCCGGCACAUCGCCGCUGGAUGCCGCUGCCCCGGGCGCAGCAGUCCACCUCCAGCAGCGCAGUCGUGCUGGUGCCGGUGACAAUGUGGCAGCGAGCCCGUCCUCAGAGACCGCCGUAUCCGCUGAACCGCAAGCACCCGCCGCAUCCGGAGUAUCUGCGACUGCGUCGAGCAGCAGACGUCGAAUGCUAGUGACCAGUGACGAGGAGGAUGCAUAA